AUCGCUAAUCUCCGCUAACAAACAGGAAAACCCUAAACAGUUAAAAAAACCAAACGUGCAUGUCCUUUCGAUUUUGCUUUCCUCAACCUCACUCAUAACCUCUUGGCUGUAACAUCGGCUCGAACUUCAGCUGCUAAAGACAGCUGGUAUCCGGAGAACCCAGGCGCCAGAGAAGUGCACGAAGGCAGAGCGAGGACAGCUGAGAGAACGUGGCCCCUGUGGGUGGCACUCACACAGCGUUGUCAUGGCAUCUGGACCCAUCAUGUUGGUUCCCAUAUGUUUAGUGGAAAACAAGAAUGAGAAGAUGUUUGUAAACCAGAAGGCCUUAAAGAUUCUUAACAAGAUUUCUCAACCAGUGGUGGUGGUGGCCAUCGUUGGGCUGUACCGUACAGGAAAAUCCUAUUUGAUGAACUGUCUUGCAAGAGAAAAGCUUGGUUUCUCUCUGGGCUCUACAGUGCAGUCUGAAACCAAGGGCAUCUGGAUGUGGUGUGUGCCCCACCCCUCCAAACCUAACCACACUCUGGUCCUUCUGGACACUGAGGGCCUGGGUGAUGUAGAAAAGGGUGACCCUAAGAAUGACUCAUGGAUCUUUGCCCUGGCUGUGCUUCUGAGCAGCACUUUAGUCUACAACAGCAUGAACACCAUCAACAAUGAUGCCUUGGAGAAACUGCAUUAUGUGACAGAGCUCACAGAACUCAUCAGGGCAAAGUCCUCCCCUACACCGGAUGGAGGAGAUGGUUCCAUGGAGUUUGUGAGUUUCUUUCCAGACUUUGUGUGGACUGUACGGGAUUUCACCCUGGAGCUGAAGUUAAACGAUCACCCCAUUACAGAAGAUGAGUACCUGGAGAAUGCCUUGAAGCUGAUUUCAGGUCUAAAUCCCAAAGCUAAAAUUUCCAAUGUACCCAGGGAGUGUAUCAGGCACUUUUUUCCAAAACGGAAGUGUUUUGUCUUUGACCGGCCAACGAAAGAAACAGAGCUCCUAGCCCAUAUUGAGAACAUUUUGGAAAGUGAACUGGAUCCUAAAUUCCGGGAACAAUCGGAUAAGUUCUGUCAUUAUAUUUUCACUCAUGGAAGGACCAAGACCCUCAAGGACAGUGUCAAGGUCACUGGGAAACGGUUGGGGGCUCUGGUGGUGACUUACGUGGAUGCCAUCAAUAGUGGAGCAGUGCCUUGUUUGGAGAACGCAGUGACAACUCUGGCCCAGAUGGAGAAUUCAGCGGCUGUGCAGAAGGCAGCCGACCACUACAGUGAACAGAUGGCCCAGCGAGUGAGGUUCCCCACAGAAACGCUCCAGGAACUGCUGGACCUGCACGUGACCUGUGAGAAGGAAGCCAUUAAGAUCUUCAUGGAGAACUCCUUCAAGGAUGACCAGAGGGAGUUUCAGAAAAAACUAAUGGAAAUCAUAAAGAAUAAAAAGGAGAGUUUCUUGCUGAAAAAUGAAGAGGCUUCUGAAAAAUACUGCCAGUAUACAGUGGAUCAGCUUUCGAAGGACCUAAUGGAAAACAUUUCAGCAGGAACUUUCUCUGUUCCUGGAGGGCACGAGGACUACAGGAAAGCAAAGGAAAAGAUUGAGCAGCGCUAUUGGGAAGUCCCCAGUAAAGGAGUGAAGGCAACAGAGGUCUUCCAACACUUCCUGCAGUCACAGGUGUCAAUAGAGAAAUCCAUCCUGCAGGCAGACAGAGCCCUGACACAAAGGGAGAAGUACAUAGCAGAGGAGCGGGCCAGGAAGGAGGCUGCUGAAAAGGAGCAGGAGCUGAUGAAACAGAAACUGCAGGAGCAGGAGCAACAGAUGGAGGCUCAGAAGAGGAGUCUCGAAGAAAACUUAGCCCAACUAAAGGAGAAGCUGCAGAAGGACAGAGAAGAGGCUCUGAGAGUACAGACCGAGAUACUGGAACACAAGAUGAGGAUGCAAGAAAAUUUGCUUAAUGAAGGAUUUAAGAAGAAGUCUGAUGAGAUGGAAGCAGAGAUAAAUCAUCUGAGAAAUACUAUUGACAGUACUAGAAAGGAUGAAACCCCCUGGAUUUCGCAGGCCCUGGACAAACUUGCCGAUGAAGCCACUGCAAUCCUGUCUUUUCCUGGUAAACUAGCUGGGAAGGGUCUGAAAGCUCUGAGCUCACUAUUUAAAUAGGAUUAGCUUUUUAUAAAAGGGAAUUGUAGAAUGUGCAUAUGUGCUCUGCUCUAUUUUUGGUGUAUACAUUCUUUAGUUUCAUUCACAAGAGUUUUAAAAAUAAGAAGUGCCUGACAUACAUUAGCUAGAUUAAGAGUUGGUUUUAUUCAUUUAAAUAGAAAAAAAAGCAACUAUUUGUAACUGAACUUGGUAAACUUUGGCUUACAGGCUAACCCUGUCCUGCUGUCUGUUAUUGUAAAUAAAGUUUUAUUGGAAUACCACA